CGCUCUCUCUCUCCCUCCGCACUUGGCGCACUCUCGAUACCGCUCUCUCCCGCGACGAGGAGGAGAAGGAUAUCUAGGGUUUCGUACGACCCCGCUCUCUCGCGAGGAGGAGGAGGAGGAGGAGGAGGAGGUGGCCAUAUCUAGGGUUUCGUACGACCCUGCUCUCUCGCGAGGAGGCGGCGGCGAUAUCUUAGGGUUUCGCAAUAACAAGGGUUUCGUUCGACCCCGCUCUCACACGCUCUUUCUCACUUCUCUCGUUUUGUUUGGUUCGCGAGGAGGACAACGAAGACGAGGAGGACAACGAAGACGAGGAGGACGAGGUGGUGGCGAUAUCUCAGGGCUUUUCAAGGAGCAAAAAUCAAACUCCUACCCUCCAAUUACACCGAAAAAUCUUCAUGUUGAAUAAGUUAUCAUCAUCCGACAUCUGAACAAGGCAUAAAGCAUCAAGGAGACGUUGAAGAAUUAAUUAAAGCAAAAAGAAGAAAGGACUUCAGACAAUGAGAGAAGCAUCGCAAAGAGAUUAAACGAUUCAUCCAGACAAAAAGAGAAAGAAAACAUGGCUGCAAUGUAUCAUCUCGGCCCAACAUCCUAUGACGGUAGAAGCAUUGAAAAGUAAAAGACAAAGACAAAGCGAGGAGGAGGUCAAGGAGGCGAAGGUGGAUCGCAUCAGUCUUCUUCCUGACCAUCUCAUCCACGAGAUCCUCUCCUUGCUUCCCUACGAAAAAGCGAUCGCCACAGCCGCCCUCUCUCGACGAUGGCGGACAAUCUGGCAGACCGCCCCUGACAUUUCCUUCACCCAGCCAUAUUUUCCUUCUCGGGAUCCGGAAGUUGAGAACUGCGCAUUUGUUUAACUUGGUUGACUCCGCUCUAAGGCAUCGCCACCACGCCGUUCCUGUCCGCUCCUUCGCCCUCGGAAUGAGGAGAAAACUUCGCGACAAAACCAAACUCGACAAUUGGAUUCGCUACGUGAGUAACUCUGCACUGCAGUCACUCGAUCUUAGUCUUUAUGGUGCUUACUCUUUUGUCAAGUUGCCCUCCGUCUUCCACCUGCCAUCACUAAGAGUGCUAUGUCUUCAUUUUCGAGGGGGCGCAGCGGUGAUCGAUUGGCCCGCCACUGCAUUCUUGCCUUCAUUAGAGAAUCUUGAUCUCACGCAAGUGGUUUUCGCCCCCAUGGCCAACGACGCGAUCUCUAAAAGCUGUCCUGUUCUUAAGGAUUGGAGGAUGAUAUUCGAAUCCGUACCUUGGUUUUCGCUCGAGGUGAACUCCCCGCUUUUAGAGUUUUUGAGGUUAGAAAAGAUAUACAGAUCAAUGAGCGGCCUCAGCAUCUGCUGCCCCAGCAUCAAGACAGUGAUGGUGUUCCAGCUGAAUGAUCAUCUCAGCCUGACUCACUUCAAGCUGUCCGCGCCAGGACUUCAGACUUUGGUGUGGUGUGGCCCGCCACCGCGCUCCUCCACUAUUGACUCCAUCCCGGCUUCUCUCGUCUCGUCCUUCCUCAUACCUCUGAACUAUCGGCGCUCUUGCAUGGACUCACUGUACAAUGGCUCUCUGACUACUGCGUUUACCAAGCUUCGAGUUAAUCGGCUGGUCGUGUUAGAGAGCUCUAUGAAGAUAUUGAGUCAGUUUGCUUUCGAUCAGCGCGAUCAGCCAAAUCCGCCGGCUCCAAACUAUGGAAAUCUCAAGCAUCUGGGAAUAUCGGCCAACUUUGCAGAAUUCGAUUCGUUGGGUGUUGCCUUCUUGCUCAAGCACUCCUCUAAACUCGAGACAUUGGUUGUUUCCUUCUAUGUAGAAUCUGAACAGAAUAUUGAUUACGCUAAUUAUUUCGAGGCAAAAGGCGGUUUCGGCCGAGGCGGUUAUUGGGAUUCUCACGGCGUGUCGCUCAAGCAGUUGGUUGAUAUAUCAAUCUACAGGCCUCAAGGGCAGAGAUAUGAAUAUGACUUUCUGGAGUUCUUAUUCCGAGUUGCGACUUCACUGACGAAGAUGACCAUCCACGGAGCUCGUCAAAGAGAGAGUUUUCAGAUGAUUAAGCAGCUGCAGCAGGCUUUCCCACGUAUCGAAAUUUCGGUUUUAUAACUCUUUAUCUUCGUUUCGCAUUGAUUUUUUUUUUAGAGUUGCUUUAUAUAAAUAAUUUCAAACGAGAAGUUCAUCUCCUACCAAAUUACAUCUCUUUUACA